CACGGCAGUGGGCAACGUACCCAUAGGCACAUCAGCAUGGGAAGGACAAGAGCGUGCAUCGUUGGGGAGGCCAGCCAAUGAUGUGAAUCUAUCGUAUUAUACAUGGGCGUUGUGGCUUUUGUUGAUCGACUGUUUUUACUAUAAUGUCCCGGAAAAGCAUAUGGAUUUGUUGCGCACACAUACGAAGCUAACCUACAACCUUACUGUCGCCUCCAAAACUAAACCGAGGCUCCACAUUAGAAAUCGAAGCCAAUCUGCACAUGGAAAAAGUAGCCAGGCGUGGAAGAGAUCCGCCUCAAGUAGGUUAGACCAAAGCAGAUGGUUGAAGGCGCGCGCGAUGUGUGUAUCAAAAUGUGUGGCUAGAUCACAAGCUUUUGGCACUUCCUAUUUCAGGAAAUGUUAGUCACUACGCAUUUGAAGUGUCGUUGACUGAGUCGCAAUGUUCAUCUCUUUCAACUUUCUUUUUUAGAACCAUCAAGCACAAAGCAGCAGGUGAGAAACAAGUUGUUCACGCUCGAUGUCGAUGGAUUAAGCACAGUUUGUAGGCAUUUUGUGCAUUUCCUGGAGCAUUGUCCUCGAUAUUAAUAAGCAAAUGGUUCGGACGGGAGCAGGCAGUCAGAACAAUUAGGAUGUUUACCGGUAACGGAGCGAAUCUUGGCUAAAUAAGAAGUCUUCACAUGGCUCAAUUCGGAGAUGAGAACGGCACGGUGAAUCCACCGGUUGCUGAAAAGAAACCCACGCCAGGCAAUGGUGCCGUGAAUCUCGAGACGCACCUAGAAGAAUCAGUCUCCAACGGAAACUGCAUGAUGACAGACAGCGUGAAGAGGGGCCAUAACGACAUAGGGCACGGGCCACCUGUGUCUGACAACAUGGGUGUAGGGGAAGCAGAUACCAAACCUAUCCCUCGACGGAGCAGUAUUAUAAAGGAUGGCUCUCGCUCUGGCAAAGAGAGGAAGAAGACCGUAUCCUUCAGCCAUAGCCUAUCAGAGAAGAAGAUUAGCAGUGCUGCCGACUGCAUCAGCACCAUGGUGGAAGGCAGUGAGCUGCGGAAGGUGCGCUCCAACUCCAGGGUUUACCAGCGCUACUUCCUGCUGGAGGCGGGGCUGCAGGCGCUCCGGUGGGAACCGUCCAAGAAGGAGUCGGACAAGGCCUGCAUCCCUGUCCCGUCCAUCCGUGAGUUGCGUACGGGUCGGAACACGGAGACCUUUCGCACCAGCGGUGUGUACGACCAGAUCUCUGAGGACUGUGCCUUUUCAAUCAUCUACGGCGAGGGCUACGAGUCACUGGACCUGGUGGCCAACUCUGCUGAAGUGGCCAAUGUCUGGGUCACCGGUCUCAGGUAUAUGAUCCAGUACGGGAAGCACGCCCUGGACAUGAUCGCCAGCAGCCAGGACAGCCUUCGGCUCACCUGGCUAGGACAGAUGUUCAUGUCUGCCAUGGUGGUGGAGGGGCGGACCGAGGAGGACGAGGGGAUUAGCGUUCGUUCAGCGGUGGGGCUCAUCCGGAGGGGUAACCCAGGUGUGAGGAGCAGUAAGGUGGAACACCGCUUCAGAGAGCUCCAGAGAGUCAGGGCCGGCAGGGACGGCGCUGGAGAGGAGGGGUCUGACGGGAGAGAGGUGAAAGACUGCAGAAGAGGCGGGGGGAAGGAGCAGAGGGUGACCAAGCAGGAGUUCAUCGAGGUCUUUCAUGACUUGUGCACCCGGCCGGAGAUCUACUUUUUGUUGGUGCAGUUCUCGAGCAACAAGGAGUACCUGGAUACCAAAGACCUGAUGACGUUCCUGGAGGCCGAGCAAGGGGUGGCUCAAGUUAGUGAGGAUGCCAGUUUGGAGCUCAUUCAAUCCCAUGAGCAGUCGGAAGAGGGCCGCCAGCAGGGCUGCCUCUCAUUGGACGGCUUCACCAGCUACCUUACGUCCCCGGAGUGCCACCUGUUUGACUGGGAGCACAGGGGGGUGUGUCAGGACAUGAGCCAGCCCCUCUCUCACUACUACGUCAACUCCUCCCACAACACCUACCUCAUCGAGGACCAGUUCCGUGGCCCUGCCGACGUGACGGGCUACAUCCGCGCCCUGAAGAUGGGCUGCCGCUCUGUGGAAGUGGACGUGUGGGACGGUCCCGAGGACGAGCCCGUCGUCUACACCGGCCACACCCAGACCUCGCCCGUGGCCUUCCGCUGUGUCGUGGAUGUGAUCGGCCGCUUUGCGUUUGUGGCUUCGGAGUACCCGUUGAUAGUGUGCGUGGAGAACCACUGCUCCUUGGCCCAGCAGAGGGUGAUGUUCCAGCAUCUGGAUAAGGCCCUGGGAGAGAUGCUGUACACCGACCCCCCCACAGAGGGCUACCUGCCCUCUCCCGACGCUCUGAAGGGGAGGAUCCUGCUCAAAGGCCAGAAGCUGGAGGGGGCGGAGCCAGAGGAGGGGGAGGUGAGCGACGAGGACGAAGGGGCGGAGAUGUGCCUGAAAGUGAAGGGGGCCAACAGCAGUUGGGGAGGAGGUGAGGGGCGGCCGAAGGGCGGUAGCGUGAGUAGCAGUGGCAGUGGCGGGGUGUCUCCAACACCCCCUCCUGCUCCUCCUCCUCCACCCAAAAAGUUCCAGCUGAUGAGGGAGCUGUCGGACCUAGUCGCACUCUGCCGGUCUGUCCGCUUCCAGGACUUCCAGAGCUCCUUCCAGCGGCAGAAACCCUGGGAGAUCUGCUCCCUGAACGAGAACCUCGCCCUCCGCCUGGCGUCCGAGCGCCCCGGAGACUUUGUCAACUACAACAAGCGCUUUCUUUCACGCGUGUACCCCAGCCCCAUGCGCAUCGACUCCAGCAACCUCAACCCCCAGGACCUGUGGAAGUGUGGCUGCCAGAUCGUGGGGGUGAACUACCAGACUCCCGGCCUGAUGAUGGACCUGAACACGGGCUGGUUCCACCAGAACGGAAACUGCGGCUACGUGCUGCGGCCGGCCAUCAUGCGCCAGGAGGUGUCGUACUUCAGCGGCGACACCCGGGACACGGUACCGGGUGUCGCCCCUCAGCUGCUUCAUGUGAAGGUAAUUAGCGGUCAGAAUUUGCCCCGGCCGCGGGGGUCCGGGGUCAAAGGUGACGUCGUUGACCCCUACGUCUAUGUGGAGAUCCACGGUAUCCCAGCAGACUGCGCCGAGCGUCGCACCAGGACCGUCACUCAGAACGGAGACAACCCCAUCUUCGACGAGAGCUUUGAGUUUCAGAUCAACCUGCCCGAGCUCACCAUGGUCCGCUUCGUGGUUCUGGAUGACGAUUUCAUCGGAGACGAGUUCAUAGGUCAGUACACCAUUCCUCUAGAGUGUAUACAGCCGGGAUACCGGCAUGUUCCGCUGCAGUCUCUCACGGGGGAGGACCUCCCGCACGCACGACUCUUCGUCCACGUGGCCCUCACCAACCGGAGGGGGGGGGGAAAGCCCCACAAGCGUGGCAUGUCGGUGCGGAAGACCCGGCGGGCGAGGGACUACACGGCGCUCAGGGACCUGGGGCUACGGCAGGUUGACGAUGUUUUCAAGAUGGCCACUGCUCCACUGAGGGAGGCUACAGACUUGAAGGAGAACAUGCAGAACUCGGUGGCUGUGUUCAGGGAGCUGUGUGGCGUGUCUGCGGUGGCUAACCUCAUGCAGUGCGUCUUGGCCCUGGGCCCUCGAAUGAAGGGGACAGACGGGGCCCCCGUGCUCCUGUUUAACCUGAGGGAGCAGUACCCCUCCAUGGAGCCCCAGGGCCCCCUGCCGGAGGUCCUCCGCAGGGUGGUCUCCACCUUCGAUACGAUGAUUCAGGCGAGCAGAGCCGUCAUCGAGCUUUCAGAUAAAGUCCACCACAGGAUCCUGCAGAUCCAGACGACAGCCAUGGAGUUCCAUGAAAAACUGCAGUCUAUAGCGGGGAAGGAGGGGAUGAAAGGUCGCAAGCUUAGCCAGGCCGUGGAAAGUUUCAGCUGGAACAUCACCAUCCUAAAGGGCCAGGCAGACCUGUUGAAGCACGCCAAGACGGAGGUGCAGGAGAACCUGAAGCAGAUGCACUACGCUGCCCUGUCCAGCAGCCUGGCCCAGGGAGGGGCUUCCCUAGCUGAGAGGCCCAGCUCCAGACGCAGCCUGGAGGAGACCAGGGCCACGCAAGGGCCUUAGGACACUAAGCCUCUGGGCCCUCUCUCUGUCAGUGGGACCCCCGCCCGGACAGACCACCCUGGUCUAAAAGUAGGAAGCCGUUACAAUGGGACAUGUCCUUUGGCAUAUUGACGAGAGCAAUAAUGCCUACUGUCAAGCAUUUGGUUUCAUGAAAAAGGAAGAGCAAAAGAAGGGUCCCUCCCUCUCCCCCCUAAUCCAUCUAUCCAAAGCACAAGGCACUGCCACAGAACUGCAACGUCAUGAAUGUAGUACAGACUAGUCUUGGAGACUAUUGGAGCAGAUUGAGGACCUGUCUGGAUAUAUUAAUAUAAGGAAAUAUAAAUUAUAUAUUUUGUAUCUUAUCCUUUCCCCAAGUCUGCGAUUGACUUGCAUUAGACCCACAAUGUGAUAUUACAUAGAAAUGCACUUUCUGGGUUAUUGAACAAAAAUGGAAAUACAGGAAUCAGAAGUGAAGUGUCAAAGUAUUUGAUUCCUGUGCUAUAUUGACUUAGUGUGUUUCCUUUGUCCUAAGCCCCAUACUGCAGAUCGUUAUGUUGUAUGUGCACAUGGGAGUUUGGGCUUCAGUUGGUUCAUCGUCUUGUCUACAGUUAUCUGCCUUUCAAAUAUGUUGAGUAUUUGAUGUAGCAGGAUGUUCAUGGCAAAACAUCAUCACAGUAAACAGUGCCGUAACAGUAUUAUAACUAAUACUCUCAGUAUGUCACUCUUGUGGAAAGUAACCAGAUGUUACAUAACUUAUUUGCUGUUCUUGUCCUCUUUUUAGAUCAUCUUUCAACAUUUUGUUGGAAGUUUUUUCCAAAAUAUGAUCAAAGUGUAUACAUCUGCCUCACCCUCAAACGAU